AUUUUUAAGAUCUUUGCAUUUAUUUCGGCAUCAGCUCAAUGUCACAUCAUCGUUGGGAACUUUCCCCACUCGGGUGUAUCCCGCAUGAAGUCCUCUCUAUCUUAUUGGGUUCUUUACCAAAAGUACCAGAUCCAAGGUUAGAAGAAAAAGCACUAGAAAGACAGAGCGAAGGGCAUGAUGAUCGGCUUUCAGACGAUGACGAUGAAGAGGACGGGGAGGUAGAGGCAGGAAGGACCAGUCUAUUAGUACAGGAAUCAAAAUCACGUCAGCGUGAAGCAGCAGCCCAAUGCAAUGUAAUCAUUAAUCACGAUAGUGAAAAAACAAAGAGACAUUUGGAAACAGAGGAUUACCAAAAGCCAUGGAACGUACCAGAUGAUGAAUGGGCUUGGUCUGACGAAGAGCCAUCCGCUUCUUCCUUCAUAACUCCAAAAAGCAUGCAGAGCACCAUAGUAUCUCGGCAGAAUCCAUCAGCUAAGAGUCCAAAAAAAAUGUCAGCAGGGUUUGCCCUCAGCAGCAACAUUUCGAAGGGCCAGAGGGCUCAUAAUGAUGUGUCAGAGUCGGCGUCAUCUACAACUUCAACUUCAGCCUCAGCUGUAUCAUCGCCUAGCCUUCAAUCGGGAUUAAAGACACUGCCUCUAAAUAAUAAUACAACAGCAGUAAAAUCACAUCCUUUGACUGUUGCCCAGGAUCUCUCUAUCUCAGUAUGCGACAGUGGUCGGUAUAUCGCCUGUGCUAGUACAAGAAUGUUUGCCAUUCUCACGCGAAUGACUCACCCUUCAAAUUCACGGCCACCAAGUUUCGACUCUGAUCAAGGACAAAAGUCACUUCGUCCUGUCCAUGAAUGGGUGUUAAUAGGGCAAGGAUCGGGUGUCGAUAGUGAGCUGGACGCCAUCACGACUAUUUUAUGCUUGCCACUCUUUGUACCUCGAUCCCAUCAAAGUCAAGUCUAUGUCGUUUUAGGAUACAAGUCUGGGAUGAUUAGAAUUUUUAACGAAUCUGGUCAAUUAGUUGUUGUACAGCAACUCCAUCAUACCCCUGUUAUUUCCAUUAAAGCCAGGAUCGGCAUCGGAAAAACCCCAGGCCAAGAUGAAGAUGAGAUGACUAUCUUGCACGAAGAAGGCAAGAUUGUCUGCAUAGAAGGUGAGAGUUUAUGGGUCGUCCUCCGCCUAUCAAAUGGGUCUGGUCGCUCUUCAGACAAUAAAUCAAUCCAAGUGAGUCAGGCACCUACAUUUGCAUACAAAAAAUGGAGCCUGCAGAAUCAGGGCUUGAUGGUUGACGUCGUUAGCUGUGGCCCAGCUCGACACAAACCUACUUUAUCGAAUGGAUUCUCAUCCUCUUCAAGCUCCUCAAUGUUUACAUCCGACGCUACAGAGAGAUUCGUGUCCGUUGGUUCAAAGCCGAUGAUGGCAUUCUAUGCUUCUAGUAGCUCGAGCCGUCCACUGUUCUCUGCCACGUCACUUGCUACACAGAUGGCGGCAAGGGUGACUAAUGCUGUUUUUGGCUUUGCAAAGUCAAUAUGGGGCUCUUCAUCUUCGCCAAGGUCAGGCUCACCUGCCAUAGGGAACACCAGUGGCCGAUCUACUCCAGAUCAAAAGCGAUUGUCGGGAUCAAACUCACAGGAUGGAGCUGCGGGCCCUUAUGGGACCAUUUACCCCUCUGCAAUGGCGCCUGCCACAGAAGUGCCAGCAGUCCUUUGGCUGAGUGACCCUCAAAGAUGCAUUCGCCAUUUGUCAUUGGCGCCAUUUCCUCCAAGAGGGUCAUGCUAUCACUAUCCAUCAAAGUUGGCAGCAAUGACGGACUCAUUGGGACGCGUACUUUUGGUAGAUUUGGAAGAGUGUGAGAUUAUCCGGAUGUGGAAAGGUCUUCGAGGAGCACGGUGCGGCUGGGUCCAGGAGGAAAGGAUUGUGAGAUCAGGUGAGGCUUCAAAUGGUAGCUCAACCUUUAAAAAGCAUCUUGUCUUAUACCUGGUUAUCUAUGCACCAAAACGUGGGACUGUUGAGAUUUAUCCUGCACGACAAGGCAAACGUGUAGGAGUGAUGCAGGUAGGAUUGGGCUGGAAAGUCUGCACGACAUUCUCUAGUCCGAUAGGCAAACCCGUACUUCUAGACAGGAUUAGUGGAGCCUCUAAGCUUGAUGCGAUUCACCCGAGCAGUCGCGAAGCAGCUCACUCUUCAUACCAAACACAAGUCAUAGACCCCAAUCAACUUAGUCUGUCCCAGUGUCUGUUGAUUGGGCCAACGGGAGAAAUAUUACGGGUCAGAUCAACUGCUGUAGAUCCUUCAAACAUAUCCUCGCCUGCAUUAUUCGGCUCAGAGGCCAUCCCCCAAACAGUUGCAUCAAAGAGUCCAGAAGCAGAAACGAUCGAAACCCGUUUCCAAUCCAUGAAGACAUGAAAACACAUUUUAUUUUCGUUCAAAUAAAUCACAUAC